CUAUAAAUAUCCCAUCUAACCUCAAUUUUCACUCCCAGCAUCAACAUCAUUCAUAGAAGCGUAAAUUUCUGAGUAACACCUGACAACAGAAGAAAGAGAGAAUGGAUCAGUUCAAAGGACAACCUCGUCUUCCAAAAUUCGCCAUUCCCAAACUGUACGACAUUAGGCUCAAGCCCGACCUCGUCGAGCACCGUUUCGCUGGAUCGGUCGCCGUCGACCUCGACAUCGUCGCCGGCACCUCUUUCAUCGUUCUCAAUGCUGCCGAACUCUCCGUCACACCCGACUCCAUUUCAUUCACCGUUGGAGAUUCCUCCACGGUUUUUAAGCCUUCGCGAGUUGAGUUGUUUGAAAGUGAUGAGAUUCUGGUUCUGGAGUUCCCGCAGGAAAUACCCGUUGGGCUGGGUGUAUUGUCUAUUCUUUUUGAAGGAAUCUUGAACGAUAGAAUGAAAGGGUUCUACAGAAGUACCUAUGAACAUAAUGGUGAGAAGAAGACUAUGGCAGUUACACAAUUUGAACCAGCUGAUGCCAGGCGUUGCUUUCCUUGUUGGGAUGAACCUGUUUGCAAGGCUACUUUCAAGAUCACAUUGGAUGUGCCUUCAGAGCUUGUUGCUCUUUCCAACAUGCCAGUUGUUGAAGAAAUAACAAAUGGAGAUCUAAAAACAGUUUCGUAUCAAGAAUCACCAAUCAUGUCUACUUACUUGGUUGCUGUUGUAGUUGGUUUGUUUGAUUAUGUGGAAGAUCACACCCCUGACGGCGUCAAAGUCCGAGUGUACUGUCAAGUUGGUAAGGCAAACCAGGGGAAAUUUGCGCUUGAUGUGGCUGUGAAAACUUUGGAACUUUACAAAAACUACUUCGCUACUCCUUACUCUCUGCCAAAAUUGGAUAUGAUUGCGAUCCCUGAUUUUGCUGCUGGAGCCAUGGAGAAUUAUGGUCUGGUUACAUAUCGGGAGACUGCUUUGUUAUAUGAUGACCAGCAUUCUGCUGCUGCAAACAAACAGAGGGUUGCAACUGUUGUAGCUCACGAACUAGCUCACCAGUGGUUUGGCAAUCUUGUUACGAUGGAGUGGUGGACACAUUUAUGGCUGAAUGAGGGGUUUGCAACAUGGGUGAGCUAUUUAGCAACUGAUAGCUUGUUUCCUGAGUGGAAAAUAUGGUCUCAAUUUCUUCAUGAAUCCACGGAGGGUCUUAGGUUGGAUGGACUUGCAGAAUCCCACCCAAUUGAGGUGGAGAUAAAUCAUGCUUGUGAGAUUGAUGAAAUAUUUGAUGCAAUAAGUUAUAGAAAAGGUGCAUCUGUUAUUAGGAUGCUGCAAAGCUAUCUCGGUGCUGAAUGCUUUCAGAGGUCGCUGGCUUCAUAUAUAAAAAAAUAUGCUUGCUCAAAUGCUAAGACUGAGGAUCUCUGGGCUGCACUUGAGGAAGGAUCUGGUGAACCCGUGAACAAGUUAAUGACCUCAUGGACAAAGCAGAAGGGAUAUCCUGUUGUAUCUGUUAAAGUCAAUGAUCAGAAAUUGGAAUUUGAUCAGUCACAAUUCUUGUCAAGUGGUGCUCAAGGAGAAGGCGAAUGGAUUGUUCCAGUAACAUUAUGCUCUGGCACUUAUGAUGUCCGCAAGAGUUUCCUCUUGCAAUCAAAAUCUGAUGCACAUGACGUCAAAGACUUCAUUGGUACCGCAGACAUAAAUGACUGGAUUAAACUUAAUGUGGAUCAGGCUGGUUUUUAUAGGGUGAAAUAUGAUGAGGUGCUUGCUGCUAAGCUUAGAUAUGCAGUAGAGAAACAACUCUUAUCUGCCUCAGACCGAUUUGGCGUUUUGGAUGAUUCAUAUGCACUUUGUAUGGCUCGCCAAGAAUCAUUGACCUCCUUGAUUAACUUGAUGGGAUCAUACAGAGAGGAAGUUGAUUAUACCGUGCUGUCUAACCUAAUAACUAUAACUCUUAAAGUUGAACGCAUUGUAGCCGAUGCUAAACCUCAAUUGCUAGAUUAUUUCAGGCAGUUCUUUAUUGGUCUUCUCCAGCACUGUGCUGAGAGGCUUGGUUGGGAGCCUAAACCAGAAGAAAGUCAUCUAGAUGCAAUGUUGAGAGGAGAAAUUUUGACUGCCCUUGCUGUGCUUGGUCAUGAUUUAACACUGGAAGAAGGAAACAAGCGUUUUCAGGCAUUCUUAGAGGACAGGAAUACACCACUUCUCCCGCCUGAUACAAGAAAGGCAGCAUAUGUAGCUGUAAUGCAAGGGGCAAGCAAAUCUACUCGAUCCGGUUAUGAUUCCCUUUUGAAAGUAUACAGAGAAACUGACCUUAGCCAGGAGAAAACACGAAUUCUUGGCUCUCUGUCAUCUUCACGUGAUCCAGAGCUAAUUCUUGAAGCUCUUAACUUUAUGUUGUCAUCUGAGGUUCGGAGCCAGGAUGCCGUUUUUGGACUUGCUGUUAAUAGAGAAGGACGAGAUGUAGCUUGGUUAUGGCUUAAGGACAACUGGGAACACCUCACAAAAACAUAUGGUUCAGGAUUUCUGAUAACUCGCUUUGUCAGUGCAGUUGUCUCACCGUUUGCUUCCCUUGAGAAGGCCAAGGAGGUAGAAGAAUUCUUUGCAAGCCAUGGUACGCCUUCCAUUGCUAGAACUUUAAAGCAGAGCCUUGAGCGGGUUAAUAUCAAUGCAAACUGGGUUGAGAGUAUUAUGAUUGAAGAAAGCCUUACUGAUGCUGUGAGGGAACUGGCAUACAGAAAAUAUUAGUCUUGCUGUGUUUUCUGAGCAUGCUACUUAAACUCUCUUCACUCUGGCAAUCUUACUGUCUUCGCUGAGCAUGAACCUCGCGAGUUACCUCACCAAGGAAUAAAAAUAGACUCUAUGUCAUUUCGUGGGUUUAAUUAUAUCAAUUUUUUGUGUCCUUUUUAAAUGUGGGUUUUUUUUUUGUUAUUUAAAAGUGACCGAUUUUACUCCAGUUAACAUGAUAAAUGUGACAAAUAGAUUCUCACAAUAUUGUUAGACUGGUUUUUAUACU